AUGGACUUCCUGCUCGGGGGAUGUGCGGCUACCUGUGCCGGGUUCUUUAGCAAUCCGUUCGACGUGAUCAAGACGCGCCAACAGCUGCACGGCGAGCUGCUGCAACGUGCCGGGCAGCCGGUGGCUUCGCCCGUUGGUGCUACCACCGCCACCAACCCAUACAGCUCAGUCGUCCGCUCGUUCCGUUCGAUCCUCCGCUCGGAAGGAGUGCUCGGACUGCAGAAGGGUCUGGUGUCGGCCCUUGCCUUCCAGUUCGCAAUGAACAGCGUCCGGUUGGGCAUCUACCAAACCGCGGAGAAUUGCGAAUGGACACGCGGUGAUACACCGGCCGCAACACUGCUCCGCUCGAUCGUCUGGGGCGGACUGAGCGGUGUCGUCGGUUCCACCGUCGCCUGCCCACUGUACAUGGUGAAGACACAGAUACAGGCCCGAUCGCACGGCAAGUACGCCGUCGGCUAUCAGCAUCGCCACACGAGCACACUGGACGCACUGUCCGGUAUAUACCGGACGCACGGUAUACGCGGUUUGUGGCGUGGCUACCCGGGCAUCGUCACACGUACCGCCGUCGGGUCCUCCGCCCAACUCGCUACUUUCUCCACCUGCAAGGACCUGUUCGCCCAGUUCGACUGGGCGCGGGAAUCUGUCGCGAUAACCGCGUUCGCCGCCAGCAUGGUCAGCGGGUUCUUCACUUGCGUCUUCAUGUCACCGUUCGAUGUGAUCGCGACCCGGCUCUUCAAUCAAGGUGUUGAUGCGCAUGGACGCGGACUGCUCUACCGGAGCGUGGUGGACUGCUUCACAAAAACGUUGCGUGCCGAGGGCCUGCACGGACUGUACAAGGGUUUCGUGCCCAACUACUGGCGUAUCGCACCACACACGAUCCUCAAUCUGACGUUCUGGGACCAGUUCAAGGCGUGGCGAGAUCUCUACUACGGUUAA